GGGAAUCAGACGACAAGUUUAUUACGUGAGAUUCUAUGAUUCUGCUUCUCGAUCUCCGUUUUCCAUAUCAUUGAUCGUUCCAGAUUCAGUAGAUACCCUUUCCUCCAUUUUAUUCGAUUCUUUCCAAAGUCAACAGAUUUGAUUUUGAUUUGUCGGUUCUUUUCUAAUUCAAAUCUGAUUUGUUUCUAAGAAAAAAAAAAUAGAAACUGACGAGCUUUCUCUCCUCGCUCUGUGCUCUUCGUAUCUUCGCCAUUGAUGUACACGAGGAAGGUUUCGAUCUCUGUUGUCUCUCUACCGAAGGUAUGUCGUUCUUCGUCCGGGUCGAUCGCAUUGUUGGAUAAAUUGCUGCUGAGAGAUCUAAGUACAGCCGCCGAAAGAGGGGAUUUUCUGAACCCUAAUGGAUAUCACGCGGAUGAUUCUUCCGGUAAAACCAAUGGUUUUGACAGUGGAGCUCAAAACCCUCAUGGGUUUCAGCAGAACUUGAACCCUAGCGCAGGGUUUAGGGGAAAUCAUGUGAAUGGUUUCGUGACACAUUCUGCGAGAGAAGAUGAAAUAGCUGGGCAGAAUCCAAAUGGCGUUUAUGCUGGCCCUGAUAGGUUUAGUUUACGGAAUGAGAAUCCUAGAAACAGUGGUAGAGGACUCGGUGGCUUUGAUGUGUAUAACGGGAAAAAUGAUCGAAAUUUACUGCAGAAUCCGGCUGAGAUUUAUUCAGGAAGAAUGCAGGGAUCUUGGCAGAAUCGGAAUGGAGUAUAUGGGGAGAGGUCACAAGGAUUUCAGCAGAAUUGGAACAUAUACAGUCAGAACCAACCUGGGAGUUAUGGUGGAGGUGACAAAAGUGUCCAUCAGCAAAAUCGGAUGCCACCGAGUAGCAGUGUUAACUCCUCAUAUAGUUACAGCAAUGGGGAGAGGUCAGGAGGAUUUCAGUCGAUAUACGGUCAGAAUCGAACCGGUAGUUGUGGUGGAGCUGGUGACAGUGUUCGUCAGCAAAAUCACAUUCCACAGAGUAGUAGGAUUCAGACACAGAGCAGACAAACUCAGAGUCAGGGUUCUAACUACGGUGGACAUGGGGAAACAUGGCAGAAAACUAAUGCUUCUGAUCAAGGAAACCUCAACUGGAACAACUCACAGAGUUGGCAGAAUCCAAACACAAGCUCAGGAGGACAAUACUGGACAAACUCUGAUAAUCAGAAUGGAUGGUCUUAUCAACCAGACAAUGUUUCUUAUGCUAACAUGGAGAGUGAUGUCACGAUUGAGGAGUUUGAUGCAUUUUGCGGGGAGGGUCAGUUAAAAAAUGCCGUAAAUGUUAUCAAGUCACUGACAAGUAAGGGACAUGUGGUGGAUUUACCUAGGCUGUUACAGAUAGCGCAGCUAUGUGGGGAAGCAGAGGCUUUGCAAGAGGCCAAGACUGUUCACAAGCACUUUAGUGUUUCAGUUUCAGUUUCUGACAUCAGUUCCAACAACCGAAUGAUUGAAAUGUUCUCUAGUUGUGGUUCGGUGGUUGAUGCAUUAAGUAUAUUUGAGAAAAUGGUAGAGAAAAAUUCAGAGACUUGGUACACCAUGAUAAGGUGUUUGGCUAAGAAUGGUCUAGGGGAAGAUGCCAUUGAUAUGUUUGCUCGUUUCAAACACGAAGGAAACAAACCCGAUGGUCAAGUAUUCAAAGGUGUCUUCCAUGCGUGUUCUGUACUAGGUGACAUUAAUGAGGGAUUGUUGCAUUUUGAAGCAAUGUAUAAAGACCAUGGCGUAAUGCCCACCAUGGAACACUAUGUGAGCAUUGUUGAGAUGCUUGCAGCACCCGGUUAUUUGGGUGAAGCCUUGGAAUUUGUCGAGAAGAUGCCAAUGGAACCAAGUGUUGACGUGUGGGAAACAUUGAUGAAUCUCUCUUGGGUUCAAGGAAAUUUGGAGCUUGGAGAUCGGUGUGCUGAGAUGGUUGAGCAACUGGAUGCAACACGACUGAACAAACACUCAAGGGCUGGUCUGAUACCGGCCAAAGAAUCAGACAUUGCGAAGGAAAAACUGAAGAAAAUAUCGGGAAUCCCGAAUCCUCUCGAAAUCAGAGGCAGCCGCCGUGAAUUUAGAGCAGGAGAUACUGCACAUCCCGACAAGGAAAAGUUGUAUGGCCUAUUGAGGGUUUUAAAGAAGCAAAUGGUGGAAAUGGGAUAUGUCCCUCUUCUUAGAUGUGUUUUGCACGACGUCCAUCCAGAAGAAAAGGAGGAGGCCCUACUUGGCCAUAGCGAGAGACUAGCUUUCGCUCUGUCUCUUCUCGCCACUCCUGCCCGUUAUCCAAUCCGAGUGAUGAAAUCUCUCCGUAUUUGUGUCGAUUGCCAUAAUGCAAUCAAUUUCAUGUCAAAAAUAGUUGGGAGAGAGUUGGUCCAUCGAGAUGCGAAGAGAUUCCACCAUCAUAGAGAUGGGUCAUGUUCUUGUAAAGACUAUUGGUGAUCUACCUCGUUACAUUUAGACACAUUUGUCAUGUUGUCAUAAAUUCUUUGCGGUUGAUGGUUUAAGAAUUUGGAAACGGCUCCAUUGAAUCUA